ACUCAUCAUCCUCGUCAUCAUACUAAUCUUCAUUAUUUUCAUUUCUGCUCUAAAGCUUUUUAAGUUUUUUUUGUUCUCCUGGAAAUUUUGAUCCUUUUUCUUCUCCGUUGUUUAAUUUAGAGCGAAUUGGCGAUGAGUUUCCGGGACGAUAAUGAUGAAAGUCGGGAUCUCAAGAAGCCCUUCUUACAUACCGGAAGUUGGUAUCGGAUGAGUUCGAGGCAGUCCAGUAUUAUGAGUUCUUCUGCUCAAGUCCUUCGCGAUGGAUCUAUCUCCGUCGUUCUUUGUGUCCUCAUCGUUGCCUUGGGCCCUAUCCAAUUUGGCUUUACCUGUGGAUAUUCUUCUCCUACUCAAGCUGAAAUUAUCAGUGAUCUUAAGCUUUCGAUUUCAGAGUUUUCUAUUUUUGGUUCGUUGUCAAAUGUGGGCGCAAUGGUUGGGGCAAUAACCAGUGGUCAGAUUGCUGAAUAUAUUGGCCGAAAAGGGUCGUUGAUGAUUGCUGCGAUUCCAAACAUAAUAGGAUGGUUGGCCAUAUCAUUUGCCAAAGAUUCUUCGUUUUUAUUUAUGGGAAGGUUGUUAGAAGGGUUCGGUGUUGGUAUUAUUUCUUAUACGGUGCCUGUGUAUAUAGCUGAGAUAGCACCCCAAAACAUGAGAGGAAGCCUUGGAUCAGUGAACCAGCUAUCGGUUACUAUUGGAAUAAUGCUGGCGUACCUGUUGGGGCUCUUUACAAAUUGGAGAGUACUUGCAGUUUUGGGAGUAUUACCUUGUACAAUAUUGAUACCUGGCCUAUUCUUCAUACCAGAAUCUCCUAGAUGGCUGGCAAAAAUGGGAAUGAUGGAAGAUUUUGAAGCCUCUCUGCAAGUUUUGCGGGGCUUUGAUACAGAUAUUUCUGUUGAAGUUAAUGAAAUCAAGAGAGCUGUAGCAUCAUCAAGCAGGAGAACAACAAUUCGAUUUGCAGAUCUCAAGCGAAAAAGAUAUUGGUAUCCCUUGACGAUAGGGAUUGGGUUACUGGUGCUUCAGCAACUCAGUGGCAUCAACGGUGUUUUAUUCUAUUCCAGCAAUAUCUUCGCUAGUGCUGGGGUUGCGUCUAGUGAUGUUGCGACAUUUGGGGUUGGGGCCAUUCAGGUCAUUGCAACCGGGGUGACUACAUGGUUGGUGGACAAAACUGGCCGCAGGCUUCUUCUUAUGGUAUCCUCAGCUGGAAUGACACUGAGUCUGCUAAUUGUUGCAGUUGCCUUUUAUGUUGAGGGCAUCGUCGCUAAAGAUUCUGACUUAUAUGGCAUAAUGGGAAUACUGUCAUUGGUUGGUCUUGUGGCCUUUGUGAUUGCCUUCUCACUGGGAAUUGGAGCAAUUCCAUGGGUUAUAAUGUCUGAGAUACUUCCAGUAAAUAUUAAGGGCCUAGCUGGGAGUGUAGCAACAUUAGCAAAUUGGCUGACAUCAUGGGUGAUUACUAUGACGGCAAACUUGCUUCUGACCUGGAGUGGUGGAGGAACAUUUACUAUUUACGCAGUUGUGACGGCAUUCACGGUUGUUUUUGUGGCACUUUGGGUCCCUGAAACCAAAGGGAGAAGUCUGGAAGAGAUUCAAUCUUCCUUCAGAUAAAAAAAACGUUCUUCAGUGUAAUGCAUUUUAUCUUUACCGAUUUGAUUUUCAAAGUUGUUAAGAGUAUAUAUGCGCAGUUCAUGUCCAGCAAACCUGUACCAUGUAUUGUUUUCCUGUUGUUUGAUAACAUGUUUGCACUACUAUUUUACAAGGAAAAAAAAAGGGAAAAAAAAAAAGGAAUUUAUUCUUGAUUAUACAA